GCAAGCACUCGCGCUUGCGUCCGCCUGGGCCUGGGAGUCCGGGAAAGCUUGGCCGAGUGCUCGUCGCCCUUCCUCUGCCCGACGCGACGGACCCUGCUCUCUUCUCGCCUCGACUCGCCUGAACCCUAGGUGGCAAUUAGCGAGCGGGCUAGCGGCGCGUCGGCGCCGGCGGGCCUGGCGCGAGAGCUGCAUCCGGCGUCCCUCGUCCAUCUCUCCUAGUCUCUCAGAUUUUCAACCUCUCGGCUCCCUAGUCCCUAGACGGAUUGGCGGGCGGCGGCACCUCCGUGCCUCGACUGUGUGCCCUGUUUCGAGGUGGAGUGGAGGUGGGAGGACCGAGUCAUGGGGGCCUCCGCCCAGGAAUUGGGUUUGUGGAAGCAAAUUGACGACGCGGAGGACUAUCUACUCAGCGGAUUGUUUGAGCAGGCAGUAUCGGCGGCUUUAUCUGUGUCCGAUCAAAUACGCACAGUUUCUUUGGAGGCUGAAUGUGACCGUGACGAACUCUUAGAUAUUCUUGAAUCAGCUGGAAUGGUCCUUGUCCAGGCACUUAAAGAACUCAGGAGGACGUCUGAGAUGUUUGUUCAGCUUAAUUCAAUGUUUGGUUCGGUGGCAUCGGUACCUGCCAAAGUUUUCCUUACUGGAGCUACCAUGCAAAUGGCAGCACGAUCUGGAUCAGAGCUUAGAGCAAUAUUUGAUGAGUACCUUGCUAAAUGGAGAUAUACAGAUGAUGAAGUUUAUGUUUUGAAUGGAGGACAAGAAAUCUCUUUAAAUGGUUUUGUUGUUACACCUGUUAUGUCAACCAAGCAGUAUCUUGAAGUGGCAGAAUUGUAUACAGUAACAUUCCUUUGCAUUGUCUCCCAAGAUAGUGAAACUGCUAUCUCAUGGGCGGAAAAAGCAGAGCUGUCUGAGCAAGGCCGUCAGGACCUACUAAAAAAGCUUUAUGCACUGCGAUCAGCUGCAAAUAAGAAGCCAUCCACAGUUGAAGGGGUAAAACAAACAGCCGAAAGAAACAUUUCCACUUCUACAAAUGACUCGGCACCAUUGCUACAUGAGGAUGCUCCAACCACAGCUCCUGUGCACAACAGCCUCAAAAAGGUCCAACUAAAGUCCACUCAAUCUUCUACCCAACAUUUCACAAAUCAAUUUGAUCCCUUGUUUUGGUGGUUUCAUUCGGUUCGCUUGAGGUUUGGUAAAAUACAUAUUGUUCUACCAAGCGGAAAGUUAAUGCUUCUAUUCUCACUGCUGUUCUCGACAAUCUAUGUGCUCCGGAGGAAAACUGCUGGCUUGAAGAGGACUGUGUUCCAGCAUGCAUCAUCUCUGCGACGGGCAUUCUUUGAUGCAUUGCAACUUGCAUUCUCUGUCCAGAUGAACCCUCUGGCUGCUGUUCAACAAGUACCACAAGCCCCUCGAGGAAGCUGGUGAUAAUGUAGUUAUUUACGUCAUGAUGCAUGCAAUUCAAUUGAAAUUUGACUGAUGUCAUCCUGAUUCAGUGUCAGUGACACAAAUGUAAAGACAACUGUGCUUAAAUGAGCAUGGUAAUGAUCAACUUUUUGUUGGCAUGCCCUGCUUUGAGGCUGAGGCUGUAAUGGUUGGCUGAUUUCUUGUGGCUCCAUCAGUGCUGACUGCAUCAUCCGAAGUCCCAACCAUUGUUGCAAAAUUAUUC